CCUCACUCUGUUCCUGUGACUUUGAGGAUUUUUUUCGGUGUGUCUACUGUGCCUACACGUUUGUGCUGUUGCAAUCAUGUCUGACAAACCCGACAUCACUGAGGUUACAACCUUUGACAAAACCAAGCUGAAGAAGACCGAGACGCAAGAAAAGAACACACUGCCAACUAAAGAGACCAUUGAUCAGGAGAAGUCGGAGUCAUCAUGAAGACCAGCCUCCCAUGUGUUGCACAUUCCACAAGCGUUGCUGACUUGAACCACUUCACAGAUGCAUUUUGUCUUCCUGCACUUGCUAAUCUAUUGCAAUGUCUACAAAUUCCACCAGAUGUAAAGAAAGUGGCUUCUCUUUAGCAAGGGAUCAGCCCCUUGAAUCCCUGCUGUGGAAUGAUUGCAUGAUGGACUUGCAUUUCAUGAUCAUUGUUGGCCUUGAUUGGCCAAUUCUGAAUGCUCACUAAGCAAAGUGUGUCUUGUAAACCUUUGCAUGCACAAGUUUCAAUAUGUAAAAUAAAACAAACUUGAAUAAAUGGUG